CUACAUCAUGAAGUUACGAUCGUCGCUCUGCUUGCUUUCGGUUGUUACCUUCACUCUGCGAGCAGACACUACAAGGACUGAUGCGUUCUCUCCAGCUGUGAUGUUCAAGCCCCGACGAGCUCCGGGUCGCCGCAGCUUUUCUGACACAAUGCGUCUCGAAGAAAUGGCUCGACGCGAUCUACUGCUUUCAGGUGGGAUUCUUUGGACUUCUUCGCAGGCACACGCAGCCCAAAUUGAGCCUCUUGCCGAUCUACCCAUGAUUCGUCUAAAACUCCCCAAGGCUGCGUUAGGACGAGAAUAUGUCGCUCUUCGUCUCAGAGUCAACGGGCAAGGACCAUACGAUUUCAUGGUGGAUUCAGGUUUGACAACUGAGUUGAUUACGCCCCACUUGCAACAGAGUCUAGGAAUUGCGACAGGAAAGAAUAAGCUUCAAGGAUUGGCGUCGGGAGGUAGCACCCAAUCCAACGAUCUUGUCAAGCUGACCGACGUGUCCCUUUGCUGUGGAAAAUUCUCUGGGGACAAGGAAAUUGAGUUGCCUUCCCUUACUGCCGUCAUUACAGAUUUUCCGCAAGAGCAUAUUGAUCCGGGACAUGAUCCUGUCGAAGGAAUGUUGGGUAUGGAAGCACUUUCCCUCUUUGACGUCGAUUUCGACUUUCCGGCUGGAAGAAUACGAUUUUGGAAAUCCGGAACAGCGGCCGGGGCCGUCGGUAACAAGCUCGUAGAAAUUCCGGCGGUCGUCAUUAACGAAACCGGCCUUUUAGGGAUUCGGCUGUCAGCACCUGAAGCAAACCAGCCAGUUCUCGGGUUUCUGGAUUGUGGCGCGACCUUCUCGGCUGUGAACUGGUCGGCGGCAAAGCUCUUGGGCUUGCCCGACAAAGGAGCUAGCGAUUAUAAAACGGGACCAGCAAUUGAUGCCAUUGGGAUCGACGGAAGGCCAUUUCGCUUGCCGACAAUUAAAAAAGAGCUCACGUUUGUUGGCGAUGUUCAACAAGAUUCGACAACAGGUCGACCAAUUGGUUUUGACAAGCCCCCAUCUUCAUGGAAGCCUUGGGAAAAAGUCGAUCUGGCCGUUGGUGAUCUGCCUGUUUUCCCCAGUCUCCUCGGAGACGGUACGCGACCAUACAUGGGACCAGCCGCACUGAUUGGUUUGGACGUCCUCUCCCAACGUCGUGUCAUUCUUGAGGCUGGUAGACCUGGAACCAGGAAACGGCGUGUCUUCGUGAGUGGUUCGAGCUAGGCCAGGGGCAAGGAGAGUAUCCAACUAUCAGCAUCUAAGAAACUGGCAUAACUUGUAUGCCGCCGCCUCUGC